AUGGCCAUGCAGUCUCUUCUAUGGUUUGCUUUCAGCUCUCUUGUGCUGGGUUCGGUUUCCAUCGUUGAUCCUAGCGACUACGCCGAUCUGCCCGGGGAUGUCAAAGAUGACGCUACAAUGGCAGACUACACCACUGAUAACGGAGGCCCCAUGUCUUUGAGCUAUAACAUCACCGGUCCCUACUACUAUGUUGACAAGGCUGCGGAACUGGACCACAAGACCUUGACGGUUAAUGCCAACGACACGAGUGUGCUCGUUGCCACGCAUGGUGCUACUGUUAAUCUGUCUCAUGUGGAGGUUAUCAAGGAGGGAUACUGCACCUGGCUCAACCAGGCGAGUUUCUUUGGCCAACAUUACCGUGCACAAUGGUGCGGCCAAUGUUUUUCCUAUGGCACUGGGACAACCGUAUAUGUGAGCAAGACGGAUCUCUACAGCUCUGGGCCUGUCUCUCACGGUCUCUACGCGGCAGGAAAUGCCACAAUCUACGCGUCGAAUGUGCGCCACUACUCUGGCGGCAAUCGCUGCUCCUCCUUUUCUGGGGACAGCCCAGCCGGCUACCUCUUUGUCAGCGAUUCGGUUGCUCAUACGGCGGGUAUUGGAAGUGCCAUCUUCUACGCCCUCGGUGAGAUCUACGGUACCAACGUCGUUGGACUGGCUGAGAAGGCACCUAUGCUGUUCAGUGACGAAGCGCAGAAGGCGGUCCUCAAAAACGUCGAUCUGACUGCUGGUUUAUUGGCAGGAACCGUCAUGUUUUCAUCUUCGCAGAGGCGCAGCGGGGCCUCAAUCUCUUUUGAAAAUUCUCGGCUUACAACUCUGAAGAAGGACAUGGCUGCCCUGUGGUUUGGCAACAUCAUUGCCACAGCCACUCUCGUAGCCACGGAGCUGAACUCAGCCUCAGGUAUCCUCGUCAUCGCCAAUUCCUCCCAGGUGACUCAGGCGUUCCAGUACUUUGCCGGCUCGGAGGAGAACCCCUCCAUUCAGCCUGCUGAGGUUACUGUCUCUGUGGCAGAGUCCGCCCUAGAGGGUGACAUCGUCGCAUACAAUGGCAGCUCAAUCUCUUGGAGCCUCACGGACCACUCCAGUUGGACUGGUUCUGCCUACACUGCGGGCAAAGGAACCGCCACUUUUGCUGUGUCUCUUGAUGAGACCUGCACCUGGACUCUGACUCGGGAUGUCAGUGUACAGGACUUUACUAAUGCCGAUGCAAACAACAAGAACAUCCGUUCCAGGGGCUACAACAUCUACUACAAUCCGUCUGCCGCUUCCAACGCGUGGCUCAAGUCCAAGACCGUCAGCUUGCCUGGAGGUGGACAUCUUAAGCCUCGCUCUCACUAG